CUCGGCAGCAAUCCACUCGCCAUAGGCAAACUGGCAAAGGCAUCACACACUUGAGUGUAUCCUGCUAAUUCUGAUCCUAGUAUACUGUUGCACACUCAGUGUAGUGUCGCAGUAUCUUGGACAACUCAUAACUGGGGUCAAACUGCGGCUUUUAUCACCUGUGUACUUGCUAUCAGUCUAAGACCCACUUGGAGCCUGUCUGGUCGAGGGAGUCUGAGGGGAGAAGUCUCAGCCUCUAUCGUUUGUGUUCAAGGUUAGCCUGAUACGGGCAAGUUAUCAUCAUUUCACCUCCUGGACACUUGACCGUUUGAGAAGGUUAGUACAUUUGGGACUCGGCUUGGUUGACAACACAGGGGAUAGAGUCCCAGGCGCGAAGAGGCAAAUGGGCGAGCUUAUUAACAUGUAGCCACAGUUCAUCUAGCAAUAAGAAGAUGCCUGCCAUACUCCUCUGCUUCCUUGGGACCAUCCUGGCAGUUGGUGUGCAUGGUGCUGGUCCAAGUAGCAGUGAUAAUAUAAAGUUCUCUUCAAAUUUCCUGAAAAAAGAUGAAAAUGCUAAACAUCUCCUAGAUUUGAUGAAAGGCCAUUUUAGCAACUCUCUUGACUACCUAAUCAGUGGCAAAUAUUAUGACAGCCAGGAUGUUGAAUUUCCUGGUAUGGCAAAGCUCCUUGUGGAGGAGAGUGAUCGUCAGUGGGAAGAAGGUAUGAGUGUUCUUAAGAAAUAUCUUCACUUAGGAGGAACCACAGAUGGAAGUAAUUUCAUUGACAGCAUGAAUUUUAUCGGAACUUUUCAGCAAAAUAAUGCAGUUGAUGUGAACUACAAGGAUUCUCUGAAAACAGUGAUGACAAAGUCUCACCACCUGACCAGAGAGAUUACAAAACUGCAUGUUAAGGCCAACCAAAACCCUUCAAAUAAUGGUGAUACUGCUGUUUUACAUUUCUUGCAAGAAAAAGCUGAGAAAGAGAUUGAGGUGGCAAGGAAGAUGGCAGGUCUCUAUGUGAUGGUCAAGGAUAUGUUCUCUGAUGGAAUUGCACUUGGCAUCUUUGAUCAGAGUCUGUAAAUGUUUUUUUUUUUUUUUUUUUACUUUAUUAUAUACAUCAGAUUCUUUAUUUAAAACCAAAGUAGAAAAACCAUGUAGAAUUUUUUUUCUCAUGGCUGUUAUAGUGGUUUAUUGUAAUGUAAGAGAAUCAAUGUAGUAGGUUUAUUGUAUGUACUUUUGCAAGUAAUAUUAUAUAUAUAUAUAUAUAUAUAUAUAUAUAUAUAUAUAUAUAUAUAUAUAUAUAUAUAUAUAUAUAUAUAUAUAUAGAUAGAUAGAUAGAUAACUUUUGAACAUGAGCAUACAAGAUCUUAUAUAUUUUCAAUAAUUGUACUGAAUACUUAAUUGAUAUAUUCCUCUGUUUGUAACAUGCAAUACAAGAGAUUAGAAUGAAAUUAUAUAAUAUUCAGUACAUAGUAUGUGCUUAGCUUGUAAGUAAAUGCUUCACUGGCAUGUUUUUAUCAUUCUAGAUAUAUUUGUAAUUGAAAUUUAAGUAUAUUACAUAAUAUGUUAUUUCUCUGCCUUUGGCGGCUUAACCUAUUUUGAACCCACAUGUCACCUUUUACUCAGAAAGUAGCAAAAUAUUUUUAAAGUAUCCAUAUUUGUUUGAAUUAUUUUGUAUGAAAAGUCCUAAAAAAAAAAAAAAAAAAAAAACAUGGUCGAUGUACAUGCCUCAUCAGAAAGUACAUACUAACCUAACCUACAAUCAAUCACCGCUAAUAAUUUGAAAUGUAUUUCAAUAUUAAAUUCAUUGUCUAUGAUCAGAUAUAGAGUAAAGGUCUCAAAUACACAUAUGCAAACAGUUUUUAAAUACACACUUGAAAUAAUAAAAAUUUGCAAGAUUGUACAAAAUUGGUUCUGUAAGAUAUAUAGCAAAGUAUUAUGAAAUACAUAUAAAGCAUUUUG